ACAAAGUGUUUGAGAGAGACACUGAUGCUGCCUGUGCUGUGGUAAAAACAGCCUCGAUCAACUCCAGCGUUGUAGCUAGAACUGAUAGACUAGAAGAUGGUCGGCCGUGUGUUUUUGGCUUUGGUGCUGCUGUGCUGUGUCCUUCCGUGUCCCGUCAAUGGCUGUCCAGCUCAGUGCAGCUGCUUCUACCACAAACUGAGCGACGGCUCCAAAUCCAGGAGCGUCGUGUGUAAUGACCCUGAACUCACGGUUAUCCCAAACAACUUUCCCUUGGACGCUUCCAAACUCCGCAUUGAGAAAACCACCAUCAGUCGGAUCACCACGGAAACCUUUCAUUACCUCAGCAGUCUGGAAUAUCUCUGGAUGUCCUUCAACUCGCUCUCUGCCUUAAGCGUGGACGCUUUUCGUGGACUUUAUGCCUUGGAUGAAUUACGGAUGGAUGGGAAUGUUCUCACUUCUUUUCCAUGGGAAUGUCUGAUGGAUAUGCCGAGUCUUCGGCUUCUGGAUUUGCACAACAAUAAGAUCAGCAGCAUCCCAGCCGAAGCGACCAUUUACAUUAAAAACCUGACGUAUCUGGAUCUGUCGAGCAACAGUCUGGCCACCAUUCCAGCAGAAGUUCUUUCUUCAUGGUUUUCUCUGAAAGCUCCUCAGGAAACAGAGAAUUCCAAAAUGAUAUUGGGUCUCCAUGACAACCCCUGGCAGUGUGACUGUCGUCUGUUUGAUUUGAUGCAGUUCCAAAAGAUUCCUUCAUCGUCCGUGGCGUUCAUCGAUACUCGUCUGCGCUGCGCAGAGCCAGAGAGCCUGUCGGGAGUUUUGUUUUUUGAUACAGAGCUCCGAAAGUGUCAGAUUCCACGAGUGCACACGGCCGUCGCACGAGUCCGUAGCUCCAUCGGCAACAAUGUUCUGCUGCGCUGCGGGACCAUUGGAGUGCCAAUCCCAGAGCUGUCCUGGUCACGAGCCGAUGGCAAACCCAUGAAUGGCACUGGUAAGUUUGUUCAACAGGAAGUGUCUAAAGAGGGCAUCAUCUGGUCAAUUCUCAGCGUUCCUACCGUUUCUUACCGAGAUUCAGGAAAAUACGUUUGCAGAGCCACCAACUUUGUGGGGAGCGCGGAUGCUAUUAUCUCACUCGUCAUUUCUGAUACGUGGCAAAUCGACGAAGCGGUCGCAAAGAGAAACCGUGGCAAGAAGAACAGUGGAUUCGGACGCGCGGCAUAUCAAGAGAAACUCAUCGCCAGAUAUGUGCCGCCUGCCUCAACAUCAGCUGCUGUGCCCAUUAUUGAGCCCCUAAACGGGCCGACAGCCAUGGCAAACAUCCAGAUCGAAAGCUACAGCGUCUCUGAUGAUGUUUCCGAUGCAAAAUCCGCAGCGCCACCUGCAGCUUCUGCAGGAACCAACAGCGUGGGGGAGCUGGAGAAAAAUGUGUUGAGUAACCUCGAGGCGAACGUGUCCUCUCUUCAGCAGGGACCAGAACGGAGGGUCGUUCGCUCCGUUAAAGUCAUCGGCGACACGGAUCACACAGUAUCACUAAACUGGCGCGCGCCCACUGCGACCAACACCACGUCGUUCAGUGUUCUGUAUGCUGUGUUCGGUGAACGAGACAUGCGUCGCAUUAAUGUCAGUCCGGGCAAGAAUCGCAUCACAAUCGAAGGGCUGGUGCCCAAAACCAAGUACAUCGCAUGCGUGUGUGUGAAAGGACUCAUUCCCAAGAAAGAGCAGUGUGUGAUUUUCUCUACAGAUGAAGCGGCCAGUGCCAGCGGCACACAGAAACUCAUUAACGUUGUUGUCAUCACAGUCGCGUGUGUCAUCGCCGUUCCUCUGACGCUCAUCGUGUGCUGCGGUGCACUAAAGAGAAGGUUGCAAAAACUGCUUGGCAGAAAGUCGAAAGACAUUCAAGAUUCGUAUGUAACAUUUGAGACUCUUUCUCCAGGAACUAAAGAUAAAGGUUUAGAGGGACAAUAUCUGAGCAGACUCAACCAGGACGAAUCAAACCGCCUGCUGUCCGCUCGCUCUAGUGUCGACUCAGAGGCCACGGCCAGGACUGAAGGACAACCGAACGAAUACUUCUGCUGAUUAAACAAUGACAUUAACCCUCAUUCAGACUUAUUUUGUGCCUCGUGCACUCUUGGGCUGAAGGACACUUUCAGUAUGUGUUUGUAAACAUAAACACAUAUCAAUGUCCUUUGUCAGCCCUGAAAGGGUACUAACCACUUUUAUGAAAGUUGUGUUCAAAAAGGGAAAAAUUAUAACUCAACAAUUAAAUAAUGUCUUUAUUUUUUAUUUAUCAUGCACUUUUUGAAUUCUAUAUUGAUAUACAUACAUAUAUGUGUGUAUGUUCUGCAGUUGAAUGUCUGUCUAUCACAUGUAAAACCCAUCUCUCUAAAGAUGCAAUGUGAGAAGUGAAAACGAGUGAGUCUCUGUUUGGAUCUUCUAACAAUGUUACAGGAACUACUUGAGAGGUUAGAAAAGUAGACAGUUUAUAAUUAUUUUCACUUAUUUUUCUUUAUAUCUUUAUCUUGUCACUUGAUGUACCAGGGAU